CAGCCUGCUGGAACUUGUAGUUUCUUCUCUGUGAAUUUGGCUCAUGUGCAUCACACAGAGAACUACAACCCCCAUCAGCCCCCGGGGUGGGUGCGCUGCUCAGCGACCAUGGCGCUGUGUAUGUGAGGGAACAAGAACAAGAUAGGAACCCGGCCGGACUCCGGAUACUGGGACACUGGAGACCAUGGGCUCCCGGCUGAAACAAAACCCAGAGACUACAUUUGAAGUAUACAUUGAAGUGAACCGGGGAGGAACAAAUUCAGCUGAUGACGAUCCUGAGCUGCAAAGGAUCUUCCCUGAAGACUUCAGUGACCAGGAAGUCCUGCAGACUGUCACCAAGUUUUGCUUUCCAUUCAGCUUAGACAGCCUUACCUCCAGCCACGUUGGACAGAACUUCACAUUUGUACUAACUGACAUUGACAGCAAGCAGAGGUUUGGCUUCUGCCGGUUAUCUUCGGGCGCUAAAAGCUGCUUUUGUAUCUUAAGCUACCUCCCAUGGUUUGAAGCAUUUUACAAACUGCUGAACAUCUUGGCAGAAUACUCCUCGAAAAAUCAGGACUCCCAACGCAAUGAACUCCUUAAGACUCUAUAUACACUUCCAAUUCCGGAACCUGGAACAGCUAUGCAUCUUAGUGUGCAUUCCUACUUUACAGUGCCUGAUUCUCGAGAAUUGCCUAGUAUACCCGAAAAUAGAAACCUUACAGAAUACUUUGUGGCCGUAGAUGUGAAUAAUAUGCUGCACCUCUAUGCUAGUAUGUUAUAUGAGCGAAGAAUCCUGAUUUGCUGCAGCAAACUCAGCACGCUGACUGCCUGCAUUCAUGGAUCUUCCGCAAUGCUCUUCCCAAUGUACUGGCAACAUGUUUACAUCCCAGUUCUUCCUCCGCACCUGCUGGACUACUGCUGUGCUCCAAUGCCGUACCUAAUCGGAAUACACUCAAGCUUAAUGGAGAAAGUCAAAGGGAUGAGUCUGGACGAUGUAGUGUUUUUGAAUGUGGACACCAAUACCUUGGAGACACCAUUUGAUGACCUUCAGAACUUGCCCAACGAAGUGGUCUCUGCCUUGAAAAAUCGCCUUAGAAAAAUGUCCACAACUACUGGUGAUGGGGUGGCUAGGGCUUUCCUGAAGGCCCAAGCAUCUCUGUUUGGAAGCUACCGAAAUGCACUGAAAAUUGAGCCAGCGGAACCUAUCACUUUUUGUGAGGAGACGUUUGUUUCCCAUCGCUCCAGUGGACUGAGGCCUUUUCUGCAGAAUGCAAUCCAGCUUCAGCUUUUCAAGCAGUUCAUAGAUGGGAGACUGGAUUUACUAAACUCUGGAAAUGGAUUCAGUGAUGUUUUUGAGGAGGAAAUCAACAUGGGUGAAUAUGCAGGUAGUGAUAAGCUGUAUCAUCAGUGGCUUUCAACAGUAAAGAAGGGAAGUGGGGCUUUUAUUAACACAAUGAAGACCAGAGCCAAUCCAGCCAUGAAAACAGUCUACAAGUUUGCUAAAGAUCAUGCGAAAAUGGGGAUUAAAGAGGUUAAAAACCGCUUGAAACAGAAGGAUAUGGCUGAAAAUGGAUUUAGUACUUCCGCAGAAGAACCUCUCCCUCAAAUAUCCCCUUCAUCCUCUAUUGAAAAGAAACGAGGAGAAGAAAGACGGCCCAUCACAGUGCAUUUUGGACAGCAAGAAAAGAUUCCACCACCACGACCACCUCCUCCCAGGAUCCAGCGGUCCACCACACCCGUCCGCCCACCUAGGCCUCAUGUGCCCCGACGUCCCAAAAGCAAUGCAGUAGUAGAAAGCCGCACAGCAGCCAUAUCCAGCCCUGAGCACAUUGUAAAACCUACCCGUCACUAUACUGUUUUUCUCUCUGAAGAUUCCUCCGAUGACGACUUCUUACAGGAGGAGGACCCUGUCUCUGCCUUUUCUGAAAACUUUAUCUUCUCUGCUCCUUUUGAAUGGCCUCAACAGUAUCGAACUUUGAAGGAAUCUGAUGCUGACGGGGAUGAAGCUAUUAGCCCAGAGAAGGAAAGCGUGGAAGGAGCUGAAGAACAAGAGGUCAAACACAUUACCCUUUUAGAAGACAUAUUUAGUAAUUUACAAACAGAACCCCCAUUACUGAGCCAAGCCAAGAGUUUAGAAGAUCUCAGAACACCCAAAGAGGACCAUGAAAACCACUUCACUUUUGAUUACCAGAGAAUGGAUUUAACAGCUCCAGAAAGGACUCGUAUGGUGCCCCCAAUGAAACAUGGUCAUCCAUACAACAAGCUGUGGAGCAUGGGACAUGAUGACAUGGCGAUCCCUAACAAGUAUAUUCAAAUCUCACCUGAAAGACCCCCAACCCUUUCCACCAAUAGCACAGCCACACCACACAAGGACAGUGCACUGACAAAUAUAGAGAAAGAGGUCAUGAUGGCCAGCUCCCAGGGGAACAUCACAAUUCCUCGACCACAUGGAAGGAAAACUCCAGAACUAGGGAUUGUCCCACCACCCCCCGCACCAAGAGGCAUAAAGCUGCUGCAGACUGGUAUGGCAGAGACCCACAUACAACAGGCUGGAGAUGGCAGCAACUACCAUGGCCAAGUAUCUAAAGGUUCAGUUAGGGAACAAUCAGCAGAGGGUAGAGAAAAGAAGGCAGCAGAUUCUAGCACAUUAGAGAUACUGAAGCCAGUCAAGGUAUCUACACCGGUUGGUAUGAAUGAUGAUCUUUUAAGCCUCUUGGAUCCCUUAAAAGCUGGUCAGUAUCAGAGUGGCUGCCAGCCCCCCGUGAGCACAGUACCUCACAGCUUUGAAGCCCCUCGUUGCUCCAGCACUCCCUUGUUAACUUCACUACAAAGUGACUUUGUGAGUCCAGCCUUCUCCCAUCAGCUGGGUUAUUCCCCUCAACCCGUUUUUCUCCACUCCCCUCUUAAUCCAUUUUCUCAAACACUGGCAGCAGAAAAAUCAGCCUCUGUCAUUGGACCACCUAGGGGGGUAUUUAAAACACCAACUGCAACUGCUCUUGGCUCACACUCACUCCAUCCGACAACUGGUGUAUACCACAGCCCUAUACCUCUCACUUCUGUGUUGCAAGGAAGUCAUCUUUUUGGUCAAGUUUCAUCCGGGGCUCCCCUUAACCCUGUAAUACGCCAGAGUCACAGCCUUUCUGAAACCCAGCGCAGUGUGGCACUCACUCCCAGCAUCCCUGCUGGGCACAGAACUUUGCCCAUGGUUCAGUCCCGCUCUAAACGCCAGGACAGCAAACCCCGGGAAUAUCCACCUAUCCCCCCUAGGCCUACUAAAUUAUUAGAACCAGCCCUGCGCUCAGCAAAGUCAGACCAACCUGCAGAUCCAUUUGAAGAUCUGCUUAAUAAGACCAAGCAAACAGUCACACCAGCACCAAGCAAAGUGGAGCAGCUUCGGAAGCAAUGGGAGACUUUUGAAUGAUAAUUCUCAGAGUCGUGGUUCUGCGUUAGAAAACAGAGGAUUAGGCCUGAUAGGAAACAAUGUCAAUAAUGUGGGAUAAUCAAAAUAUUCAAUAUUUAGUGAUACCUUUCAGACCCACAGCUUUGCAAUUAAAGUCUUUAAUAUCACGGGAUACAGUAUUCAGUUUUCUUUCCUCAGUUUCCGCAGCCAACAUUUGCUCUGUCCUGCUCGUCUUCAUAUAGAACUACUGAUUCUUAGCUUAGUCCGAAGAGGUAUCAGAAUGGCGUCUGCCCACUAAGUGUCCAGACAUAUAUAUUCUAAGGACUACGCUGCAGACUGCAAUAUCUAGUACACUUGGUUUAAGAUUUUGUGUAUUAGAAGUUAAAUAUCUUGUCACUACCUGUUGUAUUUAUCAAAGAGCACCCCUCCCCCUAAAAAUGGUGGCAGACGUGUAUAUACUAUUUACGGGUAUGGAAACCUUCUCUCAUGAGCUUGCAGUCUUUUUUUUUUUUUUUGUAUGUUAGCAGUAGACCUUAUCUAUGGUAUAAUAGGCACCAAGGAGAGGCCAGCAUUAUUCCUUGACCUGUAUAAACAACAAAGGGAAAGUGAUUCUGCUCGGAUCCAUUCUGAGCUGCUAUUAAAUAUACCUGAUUUGCUGGCCAGUUGUUACUAAAGCCAAGAUGUGAUCUAAAGACAUCUAUGCAGCUCUAACUUACGCUUUACUCUUCAUUAUUAUAAGUUAAGGUAUUGAAGCGUUUCACAAUAAGAGACCAAAAACACAGGCCACUCCACUACAAAGCUGCUGAUAGAUGUCAGAACUUGGAUCAUGUCUUGGUAUGUGGUGGCCCAGGUCCUGCGCAGGUCUGUGUCCGUAAGGCAACCUCUGUGUAUAUCCGCCUGACAAUAAAUGGACACUUUGCACUGCCGUGUAUCUACAACAAAUGCACAAUAUCCCACUAUAUAUAUAUAUAUAUAUGUAUUGCAGUAUUAGCCACUGCUGUUUGUUUUUGUGUUAAUUUUAAGAAUUUUAGCAAUUUUAAAGUAUGCAUUUUUGUCAAUGCAAUGAUGUCUGCAGUAUUAUUUUCACUGUAUUUUUUAGCAUCUUUGUUAUCUACUGCUGUGUUUUUUUUUAGAUUUUGUUGUUAUUAAAGCUUUGCUAAAUACGUACCGAGGCCCAAAGGUGCAAGCUGAGCUAUUCUGCUAACAUCCCGGCAGCACACAGGGAAUCAACUUCAUAGAUAAUCAAGAGUUUGCAGCAGUUGCUGGACUGGGCCCAACAGUGACACACAGCUGGGUAAAGAUGUAAUGUAAGAAGGAUAACAGUGAAGCUGAAAACACCUAUGAGAUAACUGGCCAGUGCUUUAUAUGUGGGGCCAUUGUAAUCAAAUCCCCCCUUAUAAAUAGAUAUUCUGGUGGCUGAUACCUUGCAGUAUUUUCCUGAUGGUCUUUUAUCCCAAGGGUCACAUGACUGAAUCAGUACAAUUUGUCCGUCCAUCCCACUAAUAUGACCAGAUAUGCCAAAUAAUUGAUUAGCUAAACUCACAGGCUGAUCAGCUGGAUCUGUAACAGUUAAGGAAACAAUCUGCAAGCAAAGGCAAUUGGGCUUUCCAGUUUAUAAACUUGUACCAAAUUUAGGGGCUCAGUCACUGACACGGUGCAAAUUGUAUCCUAGCACAAUAAACUACAGUAACCAAUUGUCACAAUGAUAUGCAGGCAGAAUACUAAGUUGUAAUCUGUGUUAUUGACUACUGUACUAGGGCACCUGUGCCCACUGUUAUUGCACUGGAGCCAGUGUCGGACUGAGAUGCCGGGACCCACCAGAAAACCCUGGACCAUGGGCCCAAUCUCCAAACUAUUAUGCCUCCUCUCCUCCCUCAGCCUGUUUAUUAUUCUAGUGUCUUUUCUCUAUACUAUACUCUAUCCUUCCAUCUAUUAAGCCUCUUUGUUCCCAUACAGAAACAGGGAAUGACUACAAAAUAGGCAGUAGCUGAAACAAGAGGGGCCCACCUGCAGUUUCCCUGGUAUCUUCGUGGGCAAGUCCGACAUUAAAGCAAACAUAUGGGGUUUAAGAGAACCCUAAGUUGUCCAGGAGGAGAAAAUGCAACUCCUAUUGUUGCCUUUGGAGCAAACACCCCUCAAGAAAGAUCCCAGAAAUCCUAAAUUAGAUAUAUUAAAUAUAUUGUCCGUUUUAUCCAGAACAUUUUUAAUCCAUGCACCUGUAAAUCUGUAUUUAUUGGAUCAAACACUUUGCUAUGUUGUACCAAAGUACAUUUUUAUAUUCAUAUCUGCACAUGGUGGGCACCGCUCUGCAAGGUUCCUGACCCUGUAUUGUACGGUUUCAUUUAACGCCAUACCUGGCACCCAACUUUUAGUAUGUGAGUUAAUGUGUGGUCUUCAUUUAUUAUUAUUAAGUGUUUUGUUCAGCAGCUCUCCACUUUUGAAAUUUUUGCUGCUAUCUGGUUGCUAGAAUCCAAAUGAACCUAGCAACCAGAAAGAGGUUUGCAUGACAUACUGAAAUAUGAAUAGUAGAGGUACAGAAUGAAAAGGAUAAGUAAUGGAAUGUAAUAAUAACAAUAAAAUUGAUGGAAAGGCGUUAGAGGAAAGGCGUUAGAGGAAAGCAAAUAAUUAACAAAAAUAUAAAAAAUUAAAGACCAGUUGCAAUGUUGUUGUUCUAUAACAUACUAAAAGUUAACUUAAAUGUGAACCACCCCAUAAAGAAUAGGUUUCAUCUGGUACAUUAUUAUUUAUACAGCUUCUUCUCCUCCAGGUAUUGGUAGCAAUUUGUACAGGGCUGUAGCCCAAUAGGAACAAUUGAGUUUUGAUCCUUUUGAGUUGUAGUCGGAGUGGCAAAAUAAUCAGACCAUAGACCUACUCUACAAAAUAUUUAUACUCAUCUCCUCGCUCUCUAUUUGCUUGUCUCUUUUCUUCCCAUAGUAUAAUCUUUCCUUCCAUCUAUUUAGCCUCUUUUGUGCCAUACAGACACAGGGG